AGCAGGUGUUGCUAGAAGUCAUCCCACAGCAUCGAGAUCAGGAACCAGUGGUCACCAUGCGUGUAGUUGUGGUCAUCGGUGUUGUGGUUCUGGCUACGCUGCCGCUCUGCAAGGCUGUUAAGAAUGACGAAGCUGAAACACUGAGUGAAGAUAAAGAAAGAGACAAUCGUUGCUUGUUUGGUCUUCCUCCUGCAUAUGGCAUCCGCAUAUUCUGUUAUCGCAUCAAAAAUUGGAUUGACACUACAGGAGCAGCUAUCUUAGUGGGAUCCAACAGCAGCAACGUGACUGCUCUGACCAGCUCACAGGUGAUCGUCUUGUUCUUCAAGUCACUCUGCUCUUCUACAAGAAUACAAGACGUGCAGAGGAGAAAUUGGAACUUUUUCGGCCUUACUUUCAAUCCCAUCAAUGAUGUAUGUAACCGAGUGUACAGCUUCCUAACCACCACAGGAAGUGCCAUCAUGCAGGGAGCCAGCACUAACGCUACACUGCUUACACCAGGACAGGUGUUAGUCAGUGCUUUCAGAGCUGUGUGCAACACUUCCAGAAAUCAAUAACGUGUAUAACGAUGAGAACUGCUCCGUAAGGCACUGAAUCCACGUUAACACCAUUAUUAUUAUUAUUAUUAUUAUUAUUAUUAUUAUUUUAUUAAUUAUUAUUAUUAUUAUUAUUAUUAUUAUUAUAUUUUUUUUUUAUUAUUAUUAUUA